AUGAAAGUCGACACCUUUACUCUGAAAUUUGCAUCGCAUCGCUGGCUCCAGUUUAGAAACAUGAUCGUUUCACAGGUAGUAUGCAUUUCAGUGAAUGCUGCCUCUAAACUACCCGUCAGCGAAAAUAAAAUCUGUAAGAGGCGCCUGCCCCGUAGUUGUGCAGAUUCGGGUUCUGGAGUGUGUGCGCGCGCGCCGGGCGCGGUAGAGCCGGACUCGCCCCCGCCAGGUUGCGCUAUCAGCAAGCCACCAAAUCGAAAAUCAAACUUUAACCGGCCUCCUGGGGUCCUGCUCCGGGCCCUGGACCCCAACCCCGGCCAGAAACAGGGCAGGGGGCUGUCAGCGGUCCUGCACCCCCACUACCCCCAGGACCCGGGCGCGGGGACCACUUACCGCUCGGCCCGGCCUCCCGGUGCCGCCGCGCGUCCCGGGCGCGUCCGCCGCGCGCUCUCCCUGGGGAGAAAGAGAAACCGUGUAGACGGCCGGCGCGCGCUCACUCGCCGCCUCCUCUGCGGAGAGCGGCGAGGCCGGGCCGGGGCGGGCGCCGAGCGCGGAGCGGAGGGGGGCCCGAGGGAGGCGGGGGUGGAAUCAGCCCAAUUCCCGAGCCUGGCUCCGAGGGGGACCCGGAAUGCAGGCUGGCGGGCGGCCGGCGGGGGCCGAGCUCCCGAGGAGAAGGCGGAGGUGGCCCCGUCCUCAGGCAUCAACUAUUGUCUAGGAGCCCGGGCCCCGGCUCGCGCCGUCCCCGAGGCUCAGCGCCCCCCAUCCCGCCCGCCCGCAGGAGAAAAAACUGAGGGGGCGCCCAAUACGGGAAGCAAGUGCCGGGGUCCGGGCUCCGAAGGUCCGAGAUUGGCGCAAGAAAUGAAAAGUGGCUUGCUCAUGACUUGGAAGCGGUGGGCUGAGGCCUCCCAAGACCAUCUGGCUUGUUCCAUUGCCAGCCAGAGUGGAGGCGACAUUCACACGAACCCAGGAGCUGCAGGGGCGCGUGAGCUGCAGCUGCCUUGUGGCAUCCAAGGAGCGCGCAGUGAGAUUCCGCAGGAGAAAUCACGCUUUGCAUGUUCUUGAGUACAAGAAACAUGUGUAAAGAGGGUUUUUGUUUGUGGGCAUGCCAAGGAGAACGACUGGAAUAUUAAAGCCAUCACAACCUUUAUUUAAGGGAAAAGAGGACAAGAAUGAAUAUGCUGAUAGUUCAGAGAUAUUUAGGACCUUCGGCAGCUCAGCACUCAUCCUAAAUUUUUACAAAUAGCUUUCCGGAGAUGAAGCUUUUAAAAGCCUUUUAAAGGAAUUUUAUUUGUUCUUUUCACGUUGGGAAAAGUGAUGAGUAUUAUCUACUCAGGUAUGAGAAAUGGCCAAGGCCACUCCAUGUAAUGUUUUACUUAUCCUAUAGCUACACAAAGAAAAUAGAACGAGUGUUGUAGAGGAAAAUCUACUAGACCUCAAGCCCGGCUUGAAAUCAAUUCUGUACUCUAAUUCAGACUCUGUCUUUAGCUAGCUGAGUCAGAUAAAUUAUUUAAUUUUCUGAACUUCUCGCUUCUCUUUCUUUUUUUCUUUUUC